AUGAAUGAUUGUGAGAUGAAAAUGAAUGCUGGUUCAUGUAUACAGACGUAUACACAAGCAGAAGGUUGCCACUUUUCCACCACCCCCCACAAUACGAAUACGAUGAUGGCAUUAAACAUACACAACAGAAGCAGCAACAACAACAACAGUUACGACGACAAACAUUCAAAGACGGUGUGCGGUUGUUCCACGUUUCUCUUUCUCUGGUUGAGUGAGGUGGCUCGGCUGGUUCGUCUAUUACUCAUGCUUCGAAAUUUUCACUUGAUCAACGUGAUUUUGACGAGCGGAAAUCAAGACGAAAGUGGUUUAAGGUUAAAUCGUUAG